CCAUAGCCAUCGCCAUAAUUUAGGGUUUCCCGGGGUUUAGGGUUCUUCACGUGUUUGGAGCCCUAGCAUGGCGAAGCCGCGCAAACAGAAGCAGGGAGGAGCGGCGGAUGGCGCUGGGGAGAAUGGCGGCGACGCCGGCGUCGUCGUGCGCCACCAGAAGCUGUGCGUCGCGAUCGACAUGGAGCACGAAUCAAUCGUCGGGCACACGGAGCUGGAAGUAGCGUCCAGGAACAGCGUGGGGGAGUUCCACUCCGGGGGACUGGAAAUCUUGCAAGUGCUUGUGGAUGGAGUCCCUGCGAAGUUUGAGAGGAAGCGAAGGACACCGAAUUCAUCUCAGCAGGCCAGCCCUCGCGUUCAAUCGCUACAAACUGCUGCUGCCACUGCUUAUUCCAGCUACAAGGCUGUCUUGGCGGCAGAAAGCUCACCCGAUCUCUUCAUCACCUUGUCCGCGGCGUCUCCUUCCCAGGCAGAAAAUCUGUGUCAAGAGAACGGGUCGUCGCAAGACGUUCCAAAGCCAUCCACAGCGCAGCCGGUGAAGCUCGUACAAAUUCAUUUCGCGCUAGUAAAAUCGAAGAGCAAAAUUUUCUUCUCCACGAAUUUAUUUCAGACGCAUCGUGUGCAACAUUGGUUUCCUUGCCUUGGCUCGAUGUCGAGCAGAUGCAGCAGCUACCAUUUAGAAUUCACUGUACAGUCUGAUUACGUUGCAGUAAGCGCUGGAAAUCUUCUGUAUCAGGUUCUGAGUAAGGAGGGAAACAUGAAGACAUAUGUCUACAACUUGGAUGUACCAACGCCUGCCUCAUUUGUGACUCUGGUUUCUACACCCUUGGAAGUUAUUUCUGAGCGACAAAAUGCAAACGUGUCACAUAUGUGUCCACCAGGCUAUACCUCGAAGCUUCAAAGCUCUGUAAAUUGCUAUUACUCUCUAUUCAGUCUAUACGAGGAGUACUUGGGUGCUGAAUUUCCUUUUGGAUCCUACAAGCAAGUUUUUAUUGACUCCGAGCAUUCGGUUGCCUCUCUAUCAGUAGGAGCAUCGAUGGCGGUUUUUAGCUCGCAUCUACUUGUAGACGAACGGGUUAUUGACCAGGCAAUCAUAACUCAAAUCAAACUCUCGCAAGCGUUAGCUCAACAAUGGUUUGGAGUCUUUAUAACGCCAGAAACCGAUCGCGAUGUAUGGCUUUUAGAAGGCAUAUCCGGCUUUCUUGUACAUUUGUUCAUAAGAAAAUUUUUGGGAAAUAACGAGGCACUAUAUCGGAAAUUCAAGGCUAUCGAAGCUGUAACUGACGCAGAUGUUGAAAGUUUUCCACCUCUUAGUCCAUCUUCCGUUCCUGCUGGUGUUUUCCGGGCGGAGAAGCUGGGGCUUCUUGGGAAAAUCCGGCUAUGGAAAGCCGUAACCGUAAUUCAGAUGCUUGAGAAACAGAUGGGGCCAGAAUCUCUUCGUAAGGUUCUGCAAAGGAUUGUAUCGAGGGCUGGAGAACGUAACAUGAGAACACUCAGUACAAAAGAGUUCAGGCAUUUUGCAAACAAAAUUGGAAACCUCGAACGUCCAUUCCUAAAAGAAUUUUUUCCUCGAUGGGUGGAAUCACAAGGCUGCCCGUUGCUAAGGAUGGGAUUUGAGUACAACAAGAGAAGAAAUAUUGUGGAGUUCGCAGUUCAUCGGGACUGCACAGCUCCAGAAGUCAUGAUGCUGGGGAACAAGUCCAUCGCUGACGUUGGAUGGCCUGGAAUGAUGAACAUUCAAAUACACGAACUCGACGGCAUGUAUGAUCAUCCGAAUCUAUCUCUGUCAGGAGACGUGCAUCAGCUUUUGGAAAUUCCAUGCCAUUCCAAAAUGGCGAAUCGUCGUCCCCAGCGGCCGAAAAAGCCCGGGAAGGUGGAAAUUAUUGAUGAUUUGGCAGACGAUAAACCAAGUGUGGAGUCUCCGCUGUUAUGGCUGCGUGCUGAUCCUGGUAUGGACUACCUAACGAAGAUACAGCUUUGGCAACCUGAGCAAAUGUGGAUUAAUCAACUAGAGAGAGACAAGGAUGCUGUGGCACAGUUGCAAGCAAUUGCAGCUCUACAAAAGCUACCUGUGUCGUUUUCGAUAGUAAACGCGCUGAAUGGCUGCCUUAUUGAUCCCAAGGUAUUUUGCCGUGUCCGGGUCGAGGCUGCUUUCGCACUAGCUAACACGGCCGGAGAGGGGACAUCUUGGUUGGGACUUGGACACCUCAUGAAGUAUUACAAAAGCCGAUGCUUUGAUAUGGAAAUUGGACUCCCGAGACCCAAUAGCUUCCAUGAUUUUUCCGAAUACUUCGUCCUUCAGGCAAUCCCUCCGGCAGUUGGAACCGUUCGUGGUAAUCAAGGGAAGAGUCCACCAGAAGCCGUUGAAUUCAUUCUUAAUAUUCUCAAGCACAACGACAACAGUGGAAAUGCUUAUUUGGAUUCUUUCUGGCUUUCGUCUGUUAUUGAAUCAGUAGGCGAACUAGAAAUCAGUCAACAGAGCAUUCCAAAAUUCGCAAGAAUUUUGAAGCAGAUUGAUCGGUAUUUUCAGUAUGAUAGACUAAUGCCGAGCUACAAUUGUAUAUUAACUCGAAGUUGCAUUCAGACUUUAACUCGCCUUGCUUUGAAGUUCAACACGGUCAUUUCCCUGGCACCUAUUGAAACGCUGUUGUCUCCUUUCAAAGUGCUAACAACACCCUGGCAAGUAAGGGUUGCAGCUUUGCAAGCACAGUUGGACAUGAAGUUCCAGUCGGAAAGUCUAAAUUCGUCGCUCCGAGUCGCCCUUGAUUUUGUCAGAGAAGAUCCAUGUGCAAGAGUUCAAUGCAAGGUGAUGUCUUACGCUUUACGUAUCUGUCUACGGAAGCAUGCGUCAACGUCGUCUGUGGAUUCUUCGACUGUCUCGUCUCUCCUGGAGUUUUUUGAAAGUGAACAAUGUGCCGUGAAUCACAAGUUGAGGCAUUAUAUUUUCUCUAUCUUGCAAGUUCUCGCGGGAAAGCCUGCAACGUUGCUACGAGUGAGUAGGCUCCCACCAAAAGGACCCGUAUUAUUAUCACCCACGGGAAAGAAAGAUGAUGUUGAUGUUUCAAAGCUUAAGGUGCGUGUGAUCCAGGCCGCGAAGAAGGAACCAGAACAACAGAAAGCUGGAAAAUUGACUUUGCGGCUAAAAUCCAGUACCUUCCAAAAUGCGGACGCUCUACUCAAAUUGCCUUCUCCGACUACUGCUCCUGAAAGUGUGAAGAGCGCCAAGUCAAGUACGAUAGAUCAACCGCAGGCAGCGAAGCCUUCGAGCUCGAGCAGCCAGGCGGCCGAAGCUUCGGUGCUUGUCGGUCCAGAAAAGAUGGACAUUGACGACAGUCCUGGCAGCUCGCAGUUCAAGGAUCUCAUCGAAGUCAUCGACGUAAAUCCUGUUCCGGAAGCACCAGUUGCGAGAAACGAAGCUGUAGACGAACAAGCAGCUGAGGCUUCUCAAAAGGAGGAGAGAAAGGAGAAGAAAGACAAGGACAGGAAAGACAAGAAGGAGAAGAAGAAGGAGAAGAAAGAGAAGAAGGACAAGAAAGAUCGAAAGGAGAAGAAAGAAAAGAAGCACAAGGAUAAGAAACACAAGAAGGACAAGGACAGGCACAAGCGCGAGGGAACAGAGCAGCAGCCUAAGAACGAGAAUCAAUCGCCCGGCUCUGACGUUGCGGUUGUUCCUGCCAGCCAAGUGAACGAAAGCGAGACCGCCGUUCGCCAACCCAGCAUUCUCCUCAAAGUGAAGCAGGAAAUAAGCGACGCAAACAUGUCAGCUCCGCCGGUGCAAGCUUCAUCAGCAACGAGUACACCACCACCACAACCACAAGUUCCUGCUAUCAAGAGGCCCGGAGAAGGUGGUUUCAAGCUGAAAAUUAAAAGACCCAAAGUCGAGUGAGAGCCGGGCAAGAAGCUCCGGCGAUCGAUCUCUUCAAGCGCGGGCCCGUCGGUGGAGCAUCUCCGUGCCGUGCCCUUCACUCGCUCCCGAGAAGAUGCAAGGUCAGACUACGACGCCUACCA